GCUGCACGAUGCUCUCUUUCAUAUUUCUUCUCUUUUUGUUUGGAGGCUGGUUCUACACCUUAACAGUUGCAAACUAUGAUAGCUGUCGGCGUCUAAAGUUCUUGCUACAGAAAGAUGGAUAUGGAUUAGUGGGCCACGUCUUUAAAAACAUUUUAUUACCAGUCGGAAUGCAUAUAUAUAGUCACUGCAGAAAUUGGUGUACUAUGGAAGACAGAUGUAAAUCGAUCAACAUGGGACCCUCAGGAGAAAAAGAUAAAGUUUUGUGUCAAUUGAGUGACUCGGACCACUUGCAACACCCAAAUGAUCUGAAACCGAUGGCAGGUUUCAUGUAUAGGGGCACGGAGAAUAAGUGUUGUUUCAACAUGUGCUACAACAAUACAACCUGCUUGGUUGGAUUUACGGACAAGGGAUACAAGUGUGUGUGUCCACCUGGUUACACAGGAGACCGCUGUGAAAAAGGCAAGAGUUAUUUUGCACGUGCGUUCUAAUAAUCAUGUUAGCUACUACAAUUAUGCGUCUCUUUUGCAUCCAUUUUACCAUGGUCUCGUAAACCUCGACAUGUGUUCUGAUGACUUACGCGUCAUUUAUUUUCCAACUUGUGCUGUGCUUCUUUGAGUACAAAUAACGCUCAGGACAGGGUUUUCUUGCAUUGUGCAAACAACGAAUUGGAUUGAGGUUACCAACGAAAAUGGUGAAAAAUUCAAAUAAUCUUUCUAACGAUGGAGAGUUGGA